GUUCGUCACUUGCCUUUCCCGUCCAUGUCAUUUCGAGAACAAUAGACCUUCCGUCCGACAGCCAUCAUGUUGCCGCUCUUGUCCUUCCACAGAACUGUGCUGGAAGACAUACAUGACCCAACUACCAACGAUCUGCUGGUCAUCGCGCGAGGGUUGGGACUGCGCCGGAUUGUCUGCAACCUGCUGAAGCUCUAUGACUCCCCACAAAACCUCGUCCUUCUGGUUAACGCCACGCCCGAGGAGGAGUCUGAGAUUGGGGAGGAGCUGGGUAUUAUGGGCUGUCGGAAGCCGGGGCUGCGUGUCGUUGGCUACGAGACGGGCAGCAAGGAGAGGCAAGAGAUGUACAAGAAGGGAGGCCUUAUAUCAGUCACCUCGCGUAUCCUUGUCGUUGAUAUGCUCCAAUCCCAAAUCCCCACCGAACUCAUCACCGGUAUGGUUGUCCUGCACGCCGAAAAAGUGACAGCCUUGGUCCUCGAAGCGUUCAUCGUGCGACUAUACCGAGAGAAGAACAAGGAGGGGUUCUUGAAGGCGUUUACAGACCAGCCAGAACACAUCACCAGCGGAUUGUCCCCUCUCAAGAACAUCAUGAAGGAGUUGCAGCUGCGCAAAGUUCAUCUCUAUCCCAGGUUCCAAGAAGGCGUAAAGAAGGCUCUCGAGAGACGGCGCGCGGACGUAGUCGAACUGUCCCAAGAAAUGACAGAGUCGAUGGCCGAAAUUCACCACGCCAUCAUACAGUGCAUGACUUCGACGCUUGCUGAUCUGAAGCGGUCCAACACCUCACUCGACCUGGACGACCUCACGGUGGAGAAUGCGUACUUCAGGUCGUUUGAUCAUAUCGUUCGCCGACAGCUCGACCCAGUGUGGCACAAGGUUGGUCCGCGCACCAAGCAGCUGGUCGGGGACCUGGCGACUUUGAGGAAGCUCUUGGGAUACCUGCUCACUUACGACCCCAUCCAAUUCUACAUGUUACUCGAGACCAUCAUCGAGUCAAACCAGACGACCUCGUCAGGCGGAAAGAAGGAGCACCACUCGCCUUGGCUGCUCACCGACGCCGCCAACGUCAUCAUCACCGUCGCGAAGCGCAGGUGCUACAUCAUGACUUCCACUAGGAAAGAGCCCGUUCUCGAUGACAUGGACGAAGAGGGCUGGGCGGCUUUGGACGAGGUCAACGGCACGGUCGGUCAGUCGCAAGAUACGGGCAACAACAGACCGCGAUGGCUCCCGUCAGGGGUAGAGCCUGUGCUGGAGGAGCUUCCGAAGUGGAAUCUGCUGGCCGACGUUAUACAGGAGAUAGAGGAGGAGCUCAUCCGCAUGGAGACGAAUCCGCGGAUGAAGAAUACCCCUGGAAAUAACACCGUACUCGUCAUGACAUCCUCGACGCACGGGUGCUCGGUGCUGACCGAGUUCCUGGAGAGCAUGGACUACAGCGCACCCGCGGGCCAGCGCGGCACGUCAAUGCUGCUGAUGAAGCUCGGGCGCUACCUGUGGUGGAAAGGGCGGCUGCAUCAGACGAAGAAGGCAGAGGGGCGAGGCGAGCAGAAUGGGUACUACCGCACGAAUACGGGUUCGUCGACGAAUACCGGACCAUCGACAUCAACAUCAAACAUGAACAGGAGUGGCAACAACGCUGGGGUAUCCGAGGCGCUACAGCGGAAGGAUAAGGACAGGCAGGAGCGCGCCGCUAGUAGGAGGCGUAUGCGUGGGGGGAAGACGGCGCCAGCGCCUACACCCUCGCGGUCGCAGUCGACCGCUCCGAGUUCUGUCGUGGACGAUCCGGUCGAGGCUGACCUCCUUACGCAACUCAUAAGCCAACAGUCGUCGGGACUGGAGUUCAUGGAUGACGGGGACAUCACGCUUCUCGAUUUUGACACCGUCCAGUUCGAGACGGAGUUCGAUGCGAACUAUGAGCUGUUGGCGCCUCAGCAGACAGUCGUCGUGCGCCCGUACUCGGAUGAUGCGGACGACAUGAUGCUUGCCGAGCUGCAACCCAAGUUUAUCGUCAUGAUUGAGCCCAACGUGGACUUCUUCAGGCGGGUUGAGCUCUACCGCGCUGCGAAUCCUGGACUCGGUGUACGAUUGUACCACAUGUUUUACGGCAACUCGUCAGAGGAGCAUAAGUUCUUGGCGGGUAUUCGGAAGGAGAAGAACGCCUUCGAGCGGUUGAUCAGAGAACGAGGGAGCAUGCUUCUGCCCAUUUUCGAGGAUACACGACAACAAGCAGGCGACGAUGUCAUCAAGACCAUCAGUACCCGGAUCGCCGGCGGUCGCAGAGAAUUGAACACCGAGCCGUCGAGGGUCAUCGUCGACAUGCGCGAGUUCAGGUCGACCUUGCCAUCCUUGCUGCACGCGUCGAACUUGCUGGUCAUCCCGGCGACUUUGACCGUCGGUGAUUACAUCCUUACGCCAGAUAUCUGCGUCGAGCGGAAGAGCUUGUCGGAUCUUGUUUCCAGUUUCAACAGCGGUCGCCUGUAUACGCAGUGCGAGAUAAUGUCAGUACAUUACAAACAUCCGAUCCUUCUCAUCGAGUUCGAGGAAGAGAAGGCGUUCUCGCUGGAGAUAAUCUCGGACAUGAAGUCGUACGCGAAGCCCGUCAACAAGUACCCGCCCAAAAAGCCAAACACAAAAGAAGACGACAAAUCACCUUUCUCCGGGCCCACCAUUCAGUCCAAACUCGUCCUGCUCACCCUUACCUUCCCGCGCGUACGCAUCAUAUGGUCAUCCUCACCGUACGCGACCGCCGAGAUCUUCAAGGACUUGAAGAAGGACAGUACCGAACCGGACCCGACGACGGCUAUCGCGAUUGGCGCGGAGGAGGACCCGGAUGUGGGCGCAGGCGUCAAUACGGCGGCAGAGGAGCUCUUGAGGUGUCUGCCGGGGAUCACGCAGAAGAACGUGAAGUAUGUGGGGAGCAAGAUCACGAAUGUACGCGAGCUCUGCGAGAUGAGCCUGGCGCAGGUGCAGGAGCUUUUGGGCGCGGAGCCGGGGAAGGCUUGUUGGGACUUUCUGCAUUAUGGGUCGAGGAAGGAGGGAAGCUAGCUUCCACCUGACUGGUAUCCUAAAUUGUGCGUUUUUGAGCGUGACGAGGCUACUUUGAUUGAUCCAUUCUUCAGUUCAUUCGUACAUAUUGCUCAAUUGUAUCAACACCACCAACACAACACAUCAUACGCAACGAUCGUCGCUAUCACCUCACAG